CUGUUGUGGACUACGAACCAACCGACAUCUUCCGCCUACCUCAUUUACCUCAGCCCUAUAAACUCAGUCAAACCCUAUCAUGUUUUCGAGGCUCCUUUCCACCACGGUCCUAGUGGCCCUGGCCCUCACAAGCCAAGCAGCCCAGACCUUCAGCAAUACCGGCACCAUCGCUGGCUGGGACAGCACCAACCAAGAACACCGCGGCACCGUGCAAGAAGUCAGCAACGUCGCCUUCGAAGGUUCCCAAGCCCUAAAAGUAACACAAGUCUACGAUUCCAGCUACAGCGGGCGCUACCACUCGGAGCUCGUACAUAACGCCGGCUACCGCCGCGGCGAAACGGUUUUUUAUGGCUUUGCGUUCCGCCUGCAACAGGAUUGGGACUUUACGAGCCAGUCGUACAAUCUCGCGCAGUUUAUCGCUGAUUUCAACGAUUCCGGGUGCGACGACUGGAUGCCCUCGACAAUGAUCUGGCUGCAAGGAAACCAGCUCUACUCGCGCGUGAAGACAGGUACCGUCUGUGCGCAGCAGACACAGACGUUUGCGAAUCUAGCGUCCGUCUCGGCGGGUGAAUGGCAUAAAAUUGUUUUGCAGGUGAAAUGGGAGUCUGACUCGACGGGAUUUUUCAAGGUCUGGUUUGAUGGGGAGAAGGUCAAGGAGGUUUACGAUAUCAAGACGACGAUUGCGCAUGAUCGGCAGUUCCAUUUUCGUGUGGGUCUUUAUGCGAAUGCAUGGCAUGAUCAGGGGCGUUUGGAAGGGAGCCAAGGCACCAGGCAGGUUUGGUAUGACGAGAUUGGCAUUGGAAGUGCUUUUGCAGAUGCGGACCCGAGUCAGUGGUAG